CACGGACAUGUACGCACACACUGGCUCACUCAUUGAAAAAGUCGGAGAAUUGUGUGGGAAAAAAGUCGUCUAAAACUAACAAACGAAACGCGCAAAAUUGUGCAAAUGCAGAUGCAUAGUGCUAAAGGCAGAGUGAACGUUUAAUUUAUUUUUGGUGCGCUGGCUGUUUGGGGAGCUAGAAAUUCAUGUUGUCGCUGUUGUAACGCGUAGAAGUGUGUGUUGUGCGUGUAUGUGUGUGUGUAUGUUGUGUGCGUGUGUGUGUUGUGUGUGUGUGCGCGCGUGUGUGUGAAGAGUGAAACCUACAACUUUACUCCCCAAACCAACAACAGCCACACCAACAGCAGCAGCAACAACAACAACAACAGCAGCAGUAGCAGCAGUGUUGAGAGAAAAGAUGGCGACGAGUCGCACAAGUCGCAUACAAUCACAACCAAAAAUUUUUCCUUCAAUCUUAUCGAAAUUACAUGGAGCCAUCUCGGAGGCAUGCGUCUCACAGCGCCUGUCGACGGACAAGAAAACGCUGGAGAAGACGUGGAAACUGAUGGACAAAGUGGUCAAAUUGUGCCAACAGUCGAAAAUGAAUUUAAAGAACAGUCCCCCCUUCAUAUUGGACAUACUGCCGGACACGUAUCAGCGUCUGCGUCUCAUCUACUCCAAGAACGAGGAUCAAAUGCAUCUCCUUCAUGCCAACGAGCACUUCAAUGUCUUCAUCAAUAAUCUGAUGCGUAAAUGCAAACAGGCCAUUAAACUGUUCAAGGAGGGCAAGGAGAAGAUGUUCGAUGAGAAUUCGCAUUAUCGACGCAAUUUGACCAAACUGAGUUUGGUCUUCUCCCACAUGCUGAGCGAGCUUAAAGCUAUUUUUCCCAACGGUGUCUUUGCGGGCGAUCAAUUUCGAAUCACCAAAGCCGAUGCGGCCGAUUUCUGGAAGGGCAAUUUUGGCAACAGUACACUGGUGCCUUGGAAAAUAUUCCGUCAGGAGCUGAACAAAGUGCAUCCCAUAUCGUCGGGCUUGGAGGCGAUGGCGCUGAAGACGACCAUCGAUUUGACGUGCAAUGAUUAUAUAUCGAAUUUUGAAUUCGAUGUAUUUACACGUCUAUUUCAGCCGUGGGUGACGCUUUUGCGCAAUUGGCAAAUCCUCGCCGUCACCCAUCCCGGCUAUGUGGCUUUUCUCACCUAUGAUGAGGUGAAAGCGCGCCUGCAACGCUACAUCCACAAGGCAGGCAGCUACGUUUUCCGCCUAUCCUGCACACGGCUAGGACAAUGGGCCAUCGGCUAUGUGACGGCCGAUGGUGAAAUACUGCAAACCAUACCGCAAAACAAAUCGCUCUGUCAGGCGCUGCUUGAUGGCCAUCGCGAGGGUUUCUACCUAUAUCCCGAUGGUCAGGCCUACAAUCCGGAUCUGUCGUCUGCGGUGCAAAGUCCAACAGAGGAUCACAUUACUGUCACACAAGAGCAAUAUGAGUUAUACUGUGAAAUGGGCAGCACAUUUCAGCUAUGCAAAAUCUGUGCGGAGAACGAUAAGGAUAUACGCAUCGAGCCCUGCGGACACUUGCUGUGCACGCCCUGCCUCACCGCCUGGCAGGUGGACUCGGAGGGACAGGGCUGCCCGUUCUGUCGUGCGGAGAUCAAGGGCACCGAACAGAUCGUUGUGGAUGCCUUCGAUCCACGGAAGCAGCACAAUCGCAACGCAACGAAUGGAAGACAGCUGCAGCAGGACGAUGACGAUACAGAGGAUAUGGGUGACUUCAACAUUGCCACAUCGUCGCUGCAUGCGCUCAGCACAUCGGCAGCCUCACAAUCCUCGAUGGAGAAGCACAGUCCGCACACCUCGCCACGUCUGGGCAGGCGGAGCACCACGCCCAGCUUGAUGGCGGUGCAAAAUGAUCUCUAUGCCGGCGGUGGGCCAGCACUGAGUCUGCCUAGCAGCAGCAGCAGCAACAGCAGCUCAUCCUCCUCAACAAACUGCACGCAACAACAGCAACACCAGCAACCAUCACAGCAGCAACACCAGCAGCAGCAACAACAACAGCAACCGCAGCCUUCAGCGCCGCCCGCAGCCGCAGUGAUCAGCAAUGGAGGAGUCGGAGGAGGAGCAGGAAUUGGAGUUGGAGUUGGAGGAGUAGGUGUGGGCACAUCAACAUCUUCAGCUGGCAGCAGCUCCACGCAAAAGAGCACAAAUCGAAUGAGUGCACCGCUGAUGGGUUCCAGUGUGAUCAACUCGACCUAUGGACAAAAGUUGCCCAGUCGAACGGACAGUGGAAUCUCGAGUGAGACCGCUUCGAUCAGCUCCUAUGCCAUACUACAGAAUCUACAGGAUGGCAGCAUCGGGGCCAGCACCAGCUCCCUUUCCAAUUCAUGCUCAGCAGGUGCAGCUGCUGCUGCCGCUGCCGCAGCCGCUGCAGUAGCUCCACCGCUGCCGCCACGCAAAUCGCCGGGCGUGGAGACACCUGUCAAGCCAUCGAGCAGCAAGAGCAUUGACAACAUCCAAUGCAGUUUGGACAAUGUGCCACCACAGACGACAGCACCGCCCAUUCCGCCCCAUGUGAGCAACAGUGUGGAUACGCUGGCUGAGGAUCUGAUGCGGCAACAGAGGAUUGCUAGUAGCACCACAUCGCCAGUGCUGUCGCUGCUCGAUGAGAUGAUGGUGGAGGUGGGUCCCGCGGAGACUAUCAGCGGUGUGAUCGAUACACGUCCGCUGGAAGCGCGUGGAACGCUGCCCAAGCCGAGCACCAUCAGCAGCAGCAACGCCACCGCCACCAGCAGCAGCAGCAGCAGUAGUGGUAGUGGUGGUGGUGGAGGUGCUGGAGUACAGGAUGCGGCCAGUUCACACUAUACACAGUUGUGCACAACAACAACGAGUGCGGCGGCACUGGCGGCAGCUGCCUCGCUGGCCAAUGGCAAGUUGGCAAAGAUGACGCUGAAGCAGCCAACGCCAGCAGUGCCGGCUAAUCCUGCCCAGCAGCAACAUCAGCCGCUGCUCUAUGCGAACGUGACGAUCAAUCAAAAAGACUGCGGCUCCGUGCCCUACGAGAACAUCAAUCUGGAGUACAUUGCCCGAUUGAUGAAUGCCGGCUAUUCCAAGGAGAAUGCCAUCACAGCUCUGGGCAUCUCGAGGAAUAACAUCGAAAUGGCUGGCGAUAUUUUGCGCGAGUUUGUCUCCAAGAAUAGCGCCUGAAAAAAUGCCAGCCUAUGUGUGAUCCCUUAGGAGGAGUUAGCGAUAGUUGAUUUGAUGAUGAUGAUGAUGAUGAUGAUGAUAUGAUCCCAAAGAAACAAUGCAAGAAAGGCAAAUGAUAAAUCAUUAGCAUAAUUUGAAACUCUCACAUUACGCUCUCUCUCUCUCUCUAACUAUCUAUCUAUAUACUUCUAUAUAUACAUAUAUAUAAAUAUAUAUUUAUAAAUUUGUCUAUCUCGCUUUAAGAGCACCCCUUCCCAAACACACACACACAAACACACACACACUUCAUAUAGAGUUACGCUAAGUUAACAGACCCAAAAAAAGAUUUAAAAAAAGAUGAAAAAAAAACACACACACCUCAUCCACACAACACCCACACACAUCCAAUCUUGGCGUAGCCAGCACAAGCAAUUAGGCGUAAAAAAGUCGUUCGUUCUCUUUAACAAAAACCAAAAAAAAAAAAAAAUAUAUUAUAAA